AUAAUUUUUGUUUUAAAAGAAAAGUAUAUAUAAUAAUAAAAAUUAUAUCAUAGAAAAAAUUAGUACAUAAGUCUUUAUAAUUGAAUUAAAAAAAAUGGAUGAAGGAAAUUCUAAAAAUAUAAUAAUAAAAUCGCAAAGUAAAUAUGAUCACAUUUUUUCUUCAGAAAAUGUAAAAGAUGAUAAUGAGCAUGACUGGUGGGCAAGUGAUAGUGCAUCAAGUACUGGAUCAUAUUAUUCAGAUACAGAUAGUUCUACAGCAGAAUGGGAAUCGGAAAUUAAUUCUAAUGGGGAAUUGAUUUAUAUAGAAUCUGCAAUAGAUAAUGUAAAUGAUGAACAAUUUUCAUUCACUGUAACGAAAGUUGACUCUCAACCAGAGUUGAUGCGACGUCGUAGUACAAGAGCUGGAAAACUCAUGCGAUUUAUAAAACGAAAAGAAAGUAAACGUCUAAGUACAAGGAAUAAAAAAAAUAAUUUUAAUGUCACAGUAAAUAAUAUUGAAAAUUCAGGAAAAGAUGGAACUACAAUUAAGGAAGUUACAUUUAGAGAUUUUCAAGCAGGUGAAACGCGAGAAGUUAUAUUAUGGGUUGAUCCUGAUAGACGACAUAAAUUAGGAAGGAGAGCUACAUUAUGUGAAGCAUAUUUUGGAAUUAUUCCAAGUGUUUUUUCUGAUAAAACACGUAUUAUGGUUGCUGGAUUUAUACCAGAUGGAGAAGCAAUAAAGAAUAAAAAUAUUAAAAUUGGAGAUUGGCUACGAAGUAUAAAUUCAAAUAAUGUUACAUAUCAAAAUUUAGAUAAUAUAUUAUCUGAAAUAACAGUUUCAACAAAUGUAACAUUAGAAUUACAAAGAAUUGCAGGUAUUGAUGUUACAGCAACAUUAUCUGAAUUAAAUUGUCCUAAACAAUCUGUAUUAGUACAAAGAUUAAUGAAUAAAGAGGAAAGUAAAGAUUUAAUGCAAUCAAUAAUAAAUUACCCACUUGGCGUAUUAUAUCUACAAACCACUGAACUAUCAGAAGUAGGACCAGAAUUACAAGGUGUAUUAUAUACAUUUCCUCGAUCAGAAAAUAAAAAUAUGCAUUCUAUAUUAUGUACAGCAAGAGGAGCUUUUAUAACUCUCAAUCAUUUAUUACCAGAAAUUGGUGGUCUACGACCUACUAGUACUACAAUGCAGGUAGCAGAAGAAGAAAUUCAUGUUGUAUAUACACCUCGAAAUGAUGAGCUACUUUUAUUGGCAUUUCCAAAAAAAUGUUGCAGUCUUGAAGAAGCUAUUAAUUUAUCAAAUGAUAUAGUAAAAACUUUAGAAUUUGGAUAUCAGUCAUUGACAAAAUGUUUUACAUCUAAGGAAAAUCAAUCUUCUUUAGACCAUUUUUUUAUUUUAAUUAUUCAACGAUUAUUAGAUAUAAAAAGUUAUGCAAAAAAUUUAGAAUUAACUAAUUCUUGUAUGGAAAUUCAUAAUAAUAUUGAAAAUAUAGAAAGUUAUAAAUUUAGAAGCACUUUUUCAGUUGCAAAUUUUAUAGAAUUAUCAAGAGAUGCACAAAUUCAAAUUGAUGCUGCUUUAAGUGAAAUGGAAGCUAUGGAUUAUAGAGAUUGGAAUGAAGAUCCUAUGGACUGUCAAAGAUUAUAUACAAUUUUAGGUAGUUGUGUUUAUCACAAACAUUAUCUUCUUGGAUCUCAUUUAAUUCAUAAUGAUUUGAUUGAGAUAGAAUCUUAUCUUAGACAAAACUGUAUUUUAAAUUUGAUAAAUAAUGAACCCGUAAAGAGUCUUGUUAUUUGGAAAAGAGUAUAUCCUUCUUCGUAUAAUCAUAAAAAUAUAGAAAAUAAUAAAAAUAACCAACCACUUAUUCCUAAUGGAAAAUGGUAUUUACUUAUUGUUGGAUAUGGACAUGAUUUAUUAGCAGUUCUUUUAGAAUCUGGUGGAUGUACUGCAAAAUGUAGUGAAAUUAUUGGUCCAGAUAUAUUUUAUGUAGAAGAAGCUCAAGAAACAUUAAAACAUAUACAAAAAAUAGGAGUAACAACAUUAGCAGCUAAAUGGAUUGCAUCUAAUACAAGACCAGAAAUAAUAACUUAUGAAGAUGUACCUAUAAAAUCAUCUAGUAUUACAGAAAAUCUCCUAGGUUUCAUAAAAUCAACAGAUGUACAAAGUGUAUCUAUUAAACCAUCUCAUGCUACAAGUAGUAAUAAGAGAUCUCAAGAAAUACCUUCAAUUUUAAAAAAACGUAAUAUAGAAGAAUUUCCUGUAGUUUUAGGAUCAGUAUAUUCUUUGCAUACAUCAGAAGAUUCAUUAAGUCAAGGAACUGGUGGAGUUAGUGAAAUAAGUGAUGAAGCAAUGCCUAUAUUAGGAAGACGAGCAACAAGAGAAAAAAUCGUUAGUAAAUCAAGAUAUUCGGAUGAUAGCGAUUCCGAUAUUGAUGUAUAUAAGAAUAACUGUCAAAUGUUAAAUUUGGAUAUAUCUAAUAUAAGAGAAAAUUUAUUAAGUCAAGCUGAAUAUUUAGUACCGAAAAUUUUGACAGUGGGUGAUAAAAAUUAUUUAUAUCAUUAUGUACAUUUAGACAUGGUUGAAGGAAUUCUUGUAUCUUCAAAACCACUAGAACAUUUAGGAAAAAAUCCUAAUUUUCUUAUUAAUUUUAAUAAAUGUGUUCAUAUUAUCCACAGAUUAUUACAUAAUACAGUAAGAUUUAAAGCAAUGAUAAAUUCAGAUGCUGAUAAAACUGUGAUUAAUAAGAGUUUAAUUGCUGUUAAAGAACAUGGCGUGUUAUUUGAAUGGGAAAAUUUAACUUAUUGGGUUGUUGGUCGAUUAUUUACAACUCCCCAUCCAAAGGAGUUAUAUGUAUGUUAUCAAGAUUCUGCACCACAAAAUUUAAUUGAAAUAGCAUUUAAAUUACAUUCAUUACACACAUUAAUAUAAAUUUUAAUUUUUUUGAUCAUAUAGUUUUUAAAAGUCAAAUAUUUACUAUGUAAAAAAUUAUGUUAAAUUAAAGAUAUUGUUAAUAUAAAAUAUUUGAAAAAGAAACAAAUUUUUAAAUUGUAAUUUUUAUAUAAUAAUUUAAUAAAUACUCUCAAUAUUAAAAUAUAUGAAUAUUAUAUAUUGUACUUUAAAUAAUAUAUUCAAAAUAUUUUUUACUUGUAUGAAUAUUAUUCAUAUUUUUAAUAAAAAUAUAGCUUAUUUUUUUUUAGAAAUACGUUUUGUAUUAUAAUUUUUGGAUAACAUAUUAAUUUCUUUACUGUUGCGAAAUUGAACUAUGGGAAUUUUUA